GUCCACGUUUACUUGUUCAGCCCGGCCUGCUGAACAACAGGCGAGGUAGGUCGGCGCUCAAAUGAGGAAUGAAUCACAAAUCUAGGUAUAAGUAGAGGCACAGGCCUCGGUGAGAUGAUGGGUUUUUGCAAUUCAUCCAGCAAGAAUCAAUCCCUACAGCAAUUAACUUGAACCCACCAUAUCAUUCACCGACAAUGCCUCUUCCAGCCGACGAACAGGUCAAUCAGGUAGCGAACACCUUGCUCACAACCCUGAAGACUACCUUUGGAACCCCUCCGGGCUUUCGACCAGCGCAUGCCAGGGGCAUUUUGAUCAAUGGCACCUUUACUCCUACUCCUGAGGCUGCCACUUUGUCGUCCGCACAUCAUUUCAACACUCCCUCGACCCCUGUGGUCGUUCGAUUUUCAAACUCUACCGGUAUUCCAGUCAUUCCUGACAACGAUGCCAAUGCAAACCCAAGAGGGUUUGCCUUGCGUUUCACCCUGCCUGAAAAGGAUGGGAAACGCCAACACACUGAUGUGAUUACGCAUUCUACCCCGUUCUUCCCUGUACGGACUGGCCAAGCGUUCAACGAUUUGUUCGUUGCAGUCGGCCAGUCGGCCAAUCACGACAAAUCGACUGGUCCAUCGCCAAUCGAAGUCUUUUUGAGCAAAACUCCUUCCGCCGCUGCUUUCUUGGGUGCUCCAAAACCCUUCCCUGCAAGCUUUGCGACAGAGAAGUACUUUGGUGUCAAUGCCUUCAAACUUGUUGCCGCUGACGGCAAAGUCACAACGGUCCGCUACCGCAUAACGCCGGAUGCUGGCGAGUCCCACAUCUCAGAUGAAGAAGCCAAGGCCAAGGAUCCCGCCUACCUGCACAAUGAAAUACAAACCCGUAUCAUCGAUGGUGGCGUUUCCUUCACCUACUCGGUACAAAUCGCCGAGGAAGGCGAUGUCACAGAUGAUGCGACUGUGCAAUGGCCCGAGGACCGCAAGAUUGUGAAGCUUGGGACCAUCAAGCUGGACAAAGUCACAGACAAUAAUGAUGAACAGUCAAGGACUACCAUUUUUGAUCCUGUCCCCAGAAUCCAAGGCGUCGAACCCAGCGACGACCCUCUGCUGGAUGUAAGAGCCAGUUUGUAUUUGCUCAGUGGAAGAGAGAGAAGAGCUGCUGGACCUCAUCAGUGAAUGGGUCCAGUUGGGAGAAUGCAUUAAGCGGUGGAUGUCAUCCAGGCAGUCUGGUCUGCCUCCCUGCGAUUUCUUUUAUACUCAUAUUCCACAGUGCAUGAAUGGAACAAACAAGGCGAUCAUUCGCUC